GUAGAGUAGGAUUAUAAUCAGUGAAGAAGGCAAAGCAGGACAGAAAAGGAUUAAAAGAGAAACAACUAGGAUAGAAAUGAUAACUAAGAAAUGAUGGUGAAAUUAAAAGAAGAAAAAAAAGAAGGACCAGAGGAAUAGAAAGGUUUGCAUAAUGAAGAAUAUGGGAUUUAAAGAGUGAAGGUCUAUCAAAGGAAUAUACAUCGUACCCAAGCAAGACAACAACCACCAAACAGCAGGGUUCCCGAAACUUUUUGGUGGCUCUUCAGAUGCACCUUCUCAGUCAUGGAGAGCUAAUGUCUGGGGGCCCGGCGCAGUCUGUCGUCCCAAGGAGGCCCGUUCACAGCAAUGACAGGUGCCAUGGGAACAAGAUCCAACAGGUACAGCAUCGUGUCAGACGUCAUACCAGAGGAGGAGCUGCAGAAGAUUUCUAGUUUAGCCCUCAACAACGGUAACAGUUCUACCAAAGUCAAGAAGCAGAUAGACACAGAAAGAGAGGACAGCAGAAGGAGGCCUGGAGCCCCUGCUGUUGUGCCUGGCAAUAGUGGACAGAGAGGUAUGAACAGCUACAACGGGAAGGCCCUGACAAGGGGCUCCAACCAAGUCCGAAGCCGUUUUGUGAAGAAGAACGGACAAUGCAAUGUAGUAUUCACAAACAUGGAGGACCGGAGUCAGCGCUACCUCGCAGACAUCUUCACCACCUGCGUGGACAGCAGUUGGCGAUAUCUACUACUUCUGUUCUGCACCAGCUUCCUCAUCUCAUGGCUGAUAUUUGGGUUAAUCUUUUACAGUGUCGCACUUGCACAUGGAGACUUCGAGGAACCCCCUAAACAGAAAGCUAACGAGGUGGUGGCAGGGAUGCAUGAAGCGUCCUCUGGGCUGUCAGCUGGGGGGCAGAAACAAAAGAUGCCCUGCAUACUGCAUGUCCAGGGCUUUGUCGGGGCGCUCCUCUUCUCUAUGGAGACCCAGACUACUAUUGGCUACGGCUGGCGCUGUGUUACUGAGGAGUGUCCUCUGGCUGUGUUGACAGUGGUCAUUCAGUCUAUUGUUGGUUGCAUCAUUGACUCCUUCAUGAUUGGAACCAUCAUGGCUAAGAUGGCGCGGCCAAAGAAGAGGAAUCAGACCCUGAUUUUCUCCAAAAAUGCUGUCAUUUCUUUACGUGACGGCAAACUGUGCCUCAUGUGGAGGGUGGGCAACCUGCGGAGGAGCCAUAUUGUAGAAGCCCAUGUCCGUGCACAGCUCAUACGAUCAUAUGUCACUGCUGAAGGAGAGUUCAUCCCUCUGGAACAAAUGGACCUAAAUGUGGGCUAUGAUGAAGGUACAGACCGAUUGUUUUUAGUGUCGCCACUGGUUAUAAUUCAUGAGAUAGACAAAGAUAGCCCUUUGUACAAUUUAAGUCGAGCAGAUCUGGAAGCAGAUGACUUUGAGGUUGUUGUCAUCUUGGAGGGGAUGGUGGAGGCCACAGCCAUGACUACACAGUUCCGGAGCUCCUACCUUUCCAGGGAAAUCUUCUGGGGUCACAGGUUUGAGCCAGUGAUCUACGAGGAUCGGGACCGCUACAAGGUGGACUAUGCCCGCUUCCACAAUACCUACGAGGUCCCAUCAACACCCCAUCUCAGCGCGAAAGAGCUCGACGAAGCUGCGAGCCGAGCAUCCUCUGCUGCAUCUCCUGCAUCAGCCCAUAGAUCUACACAAGACUUGAUCCCAAGGUCUCUGACCGCCUUCUGUUAUGAGAAUGAAGUAGCACUGAGCUGUGCAGAGGAUGAGGAGGAAGACAUAUUUGACUCUACACAGAUGGUAGGGAAGGACAGGGCAGAGGAGAGGAGGACUUCUGUUGACUUUCAAAGUAUGUUUCAUGACACAGCAACCAUAACCUCAGGCAGUCACAAUGUUAUGUGUGUUCUGGACAUGGACAAUAACCAAAUGGAGUUUGACAUCCUACAGACUGCAAUUCCCCUUGAUCCAGUCACCUAUAAGAGUGACCAAGAAGCCUGAAAAGUGGAGCUGGGGUUAGAAAGUCAGCUUACAGUCACACGUGCUAGAGCUGAAACUCAUUUUGCCUUUCCAGUGUGUUCUUUUGUAUUGAUUUUAUUGUAUUUCCACUUAUUAUGUCAAAAUGUUGGAACUAUACAGUAUUUUUCCCAAGAUUGCACUGCUUGGAGUACCAUAGUGACCAAGGAGACCGAUUCCAAAUGUGGUGGAAAAAAAAUAUCUCCUACAGACUUUUGGCUUCAUUUAUUUGUGAGUUCCUAACCCAAUGAAAGCACAAUAAUGUUAAACCAAGAAAGAAGGAUGUUUGAAAAUGUGCGUAUAUUUUGCAUGGGUCAGGAAGAUCUUUGUAUGAAAUACUUUGUUUCUAUAGAAAGCAAUUUUAAGAUUUUAGUGGAAAGUUGUUAAAAAAUGUCUUUUAUGAAAAGCUUACAUCUUCAAGAUUUAGGAUAUAAUGUUUGAACAAAGGAUGGAAAACUUGUAACUGAUGUUGUUAGUAGUUUGGAGUAAUUGUGAUAAUUGCAAGUCUUUUGAUGGAACCAGCUUAACAUUGUCAGUUUAUAUUUGUUUAAACUGACAGUGGUAACUUGACCAUUUUAAGGGAAAUCUCCAAAUCUAGCAAAUGCUCUUUUUUGUGUUUCUUAAAGCAGCCAUUUCUUCUUAUAAUUAGGGGGCUGUGGAGUAAUUAUGAAUAGUCACCAUCUAACAUAAAGUCAACAGCAAACACAGUGAGCUAAGUUAAAAAAAACAGACAUUAAAAACAGAUAUUUUGAGGUUACAGUCAAACUGACACAUUUAGAGAUUAGAUAGCUGAAACAAUACAAGAAACAAAACAUUGGAUAAACAUUGGAUAUUAUAUUUAGGUAUUUUUUGCAAAUCUCCAACACAAAUUUUCCUAUUUUGAAUAAUUUUGUUUAGGAUCAGAUUUGCUGUGACUUUAAAGUAGUUUAGUCACAAGACAGAAAACGGACAUUAUAAAAGUAAAAAGGAAAGUAAUAUAGAUGGAUAUCUGUUAGCAUCAGAUGAUAUAUACCCCUUUCCCAUUGGCCGAAAAACUUAUUUAAACCCGGGAACAAUCAGUUUUCAGUGACAGUAGCAACAGCUCACUUACCCUUCUCCAACCGAGUUAAACGACUCGGCGAGUGACCCGUGUUAAAAUCGGCUCGGCUCUGAUCAGUAUGCGGUGGGAACACUACAGCCGGAUUGCCCUGCUAAUUUACAUGAUUCCAUUGAACACAAUGUACGUACGUCAACACACUGCGCUAGCCGUUUUUGAUCUAACAAACCGAAACAAAUCUAUUUACAUUCAUUAAACAUGGUGCAGCACUAGUAAGAGGGAUUUUUACAGAUAAAAAAGCAAAACAAUUAUGCACACUUACUACACCUUGGCUUUCUUACAUGUGGCUCUUCAUUGUUUACUCUCCUGAUUUCUGUCGCAGUGGUGACAUCAUCAAAGCUAACGCUAUGUGAUGAUAUCACCUGUCAUGCAGCUUGCCAGCUAGGAGUUUGACCCAACUUUUUUUGCCAAUGGGAAGUAGGCCAAAUGCUGAUUGUUAGCGGGUCAACCCAUGUUUGAAAAACACACGUAUUUUCAAUGGGAAAGAGGCUGUAGAGGGAGAAUUGUUGGAAAACAACUCUUUGUGGAGUCAGCUAGUCAUUGCACUGAUGUUUAUCAGUAGUGUCCCCAAUUAUCAGAGUAACUCCUGCUUAUUUGACAAAAAGACAGGAAUGUAAACAGCUGUUUUGAGGAAAGUUGAUUAUGCGUACGAAUAUUUAAAAUAAGUUUUCCUGGGUUGGGUCAGAUUUUAGUUAAGAUAGGCAUUUAUUUUAAAUAAGCUAGUGUAGCUGUUAGCUUGAACAAAUUAGAUACAUGUUUCUCAGACAAAAAUGUAUUUACUUUUGCAAAUACCUUCUUAAACUCCAAAAUGUCUUUCUAAAUAUCUCUGGAGAUAGCCUAAGUACCAACAGUAUUAUUUUAGAAUCACAUAAGAAACAUGGCUCCAUAUUUAUACCCAAUUAUACAAAUUGAGAAUGGUCUGGCUGCUGUCUGGAAGCUACAGACUGAUCAUAAAUGCUCCACAGUGCUUCACACAAAGUAAAAAAAACCCAUCAAUUUUACACCUAAGACAGUUUUUUUUCCACUAAAGAGAGACUCCACAUUUCAAAUGUUUAGAGGUGGAAUUGACUUUUAGAUUGAUUUUUAAAAAAGUAACAUAGAUUUUAGAUUCUAUAUUGAAACAAAAUUAGAUUUUAUAAUUGGAAGUAAUCAAAUUAUUGUGUUUUUUACAUGAUUACUUCCUUGAUAUCUAAUAGUUACAGUUGUUCUGCAUUAUCUCUAGUAAAAGUCUGGCCUAUGAUGAGAAGUGGCUUUUACUUGUAUGUCUGCUGUUGCUGUUUGCCAAAGGUCUGUAGUUUGGGAGUAAAAGAUGGAGCUCCUCUGAUCCCAUUUUUGGAAAAUGGAGAGAACAUCACAGUUUAAGUGUACUUGGUGUCUGUGAUGGCAGAUAGGCGAAAGGAUGCCGUAAAGAGGAACAAAAGGGAUAAAGGCUGCUUGUGCCGUCAUUGGACAUGUUCAACAUGUCGCUGGAUUUGCACAGAGGGAAUCAAUGCAAGAUUCAUUGAAUGUAACGGAAAGUGCUUUGGACUGUUUUGGUACAAUGAUUGUAUGAUGGAUCAUAUUACAUUACUGCAACCCUUUUAAAGGGACAGCAUAUGGAGAGGUUUAGAUACUAAAAUAAGAUCUAAAUCUGAGUUUAGGACGUUUAUGCAAACUGUUUGCAAACAGAUUACUUGCUAAGCAUCAGAAAUUCAUACAUGUGGUGCAGGAAUGCUUGUUGGCUCUGUAAACUUUAAACAAAAACCAAAUAUAUUUCAAAUGUAAAUAAAUUACCAAACACGGAGGUGUUAAUCCUACUUUAACAGGAUGUGAUUGUUAAAUAAAAGAAAGAAUAGAAAACCAAAUCUUUAAUUUUGGGUCUUUCUUUUUUCCCCAAAUGAAAACUAAACUACAACAAUACUUGAAAAAAAAAACAAAUUUAAGUGGAACUGUUGGAUGAAAAAGUUAGAACAUCCCAUAAAAGGGACAGAACUCUUUGAAUCAUCUUUAUUACAUGACGGUAAACUGAAUCAUUUUGACACCAAGUAUCUGGCAAAACAAGGGGGGAUAAAAAAAAAUUACAUAAACUGUGAAGCAUAGAGACGUAAGAGUCAUGGUAAGGGAAUUGUUUGCAGCAGCUGCACCUUAUCAGCUCACCAUUAUAUAAUACCCACCAAUAUUCUGGAGUAAAUGUGUGAGAUUAUCUAUAAAAGCAAAUUAUCUAAAACAGCUAGAUGAGGUUAUUAUAUAAUGACCCAAAGCACACUAAUAAAUACUCCAAAGAAUAGUUAACAUGCAAGGAAAUAAAAGUCCAGUCACUGGUCAGUGAUUUUAUUAUGUUUAUGCAGGGAGCCAUCAAAUAUAAUGCUGCUGCACAAAAUAAUUUGUGAUCUGAAAAUAUGUAUUUUCUUCUUUUUCAACUUUGUAACUAUGAUUUUUCCUUUUAGUAUUCUGUUAAUUUCUUUUUAAAGAUGUCUAAAAUUUUAGUCCAAAAUACAGAUAAAAUGUCGGAGGCAAAACCAUUUUUCUAUAAACUGAAAGUUGCAUUGCUAGUGAAAAUAAAAUACCUCUUCUUUGUUUUUACAAAUGACAGGAAAAAAAAGGCACUCUGUGAUGUAUAGUAACUAAGACCUAAUUCAAUCAAUCAUCUGUACGGUCAGUGAACUAUGUUGUAUUUGUGUUUUGUUGUCUUUGACAUGUUCACCAUGUUUAGCUAUAGGGCUAUUCCUUUUUAUUGAUUGGACAAGUAAAAGAAUAUAUAGCACAAAAUAUAAUAUAAGCUACUAUAUAUGUUUAAUGCUUGGCAUCUACACAGAAAAUGCAGCAUUAUCAAAAGGAUAUCAUUUAUUUUUCUGCAACAUCAUAUUUAACUGUAAAAAAGAGCCCCGAGCAAAUUGUUUUCCUUACUAAAAGAAUAUAUAUAUAUUAGUUUUAGAAAAACCUCCUGUUCAAAGCACUUUAUUUUCUUUGUUCA